AUGGUUGUGACUUUUCUCAGUGUGCCUACAGACUUGGUUUCGUGGCGCAAACAGGCUAGAGUAGAUUACUCUUUGGAGUUCAAGGGCCAGAAAAUCUCUGCUUCGUUUAUUAAUGGCAUAUGGCCAGCAGUGGGAACCCAGUUUUUGCAGGACUGGGCAACCGCCGAAAAAGCUGUGCCGAAACUCAUUGAAACGUGGACUAAAAUGGUGAUGUUGGUGGAGCGUCACGAAAAGCGCCAGCAGCAGAUUGCGUUUGACAACUCCAAGUUUGUAGAGACGCUCACAAAGUUUACAGACCUUGACACGGGCAUCUAUCCGCAUCAGGACGAAAACAAUGCUAUCGCCGCUUUGAAUCGCCAUGACACAUUGACCCUCAACGACUCCUUGGCGGGAAUUGCAUCCUUUUUCAACAAAACCUCAACGCUCUUGGUCGAUGAGAGUUUUGCCAUCAACACACGGGUGUUGGAAAAAUUCAAAAACUUUUUGGACUAUCUUUACUCGUUGCAAGAGUUGUUUGACCGGGCCAAGCGGCUUUCUGUCAACACCAUUCCGCAACUUCAACAGCGGAUCCAGGAAUACCAGCAGAAGUACGAUAAGCUCAAUACCGACGGCGUUGAUGUGAAGGGAAGCGAACUUCAUAAAAUACGCCAGGCUAUAAUCAACGACAAACAGGAAAUGUUCCAGCAGCUCAACAAGGACUGGCUCAUCAAGAGCUGCUGUUUGGAGGAGUUUGUCAUGUUCCAGGAGACACAGUUCCUUGUGUCUGAGGCGUGGGCAGAGUGGUGUCGUGGCCGCUACAAGUUUCACGAGAAGAUAUCUGGACUCUACGACGGCGUCAACAGCGAGAUAGUGCCAGACAUGCCAAUGAGCAGAUGA